AAUACACACCUGUGUCCUCCGGAGUCCGCUGUUCUUCGCCCAGCACAGCCCCACAGCUUUCUCAAACCUGGAGUGUCUGCAACACUUUGCAAGGACACAGUGGAGGGGGCAAGUCAGCGCUCUGACUUCCUCCCGACGCCGCCUCUGAUUGGCUCUGGGCAUACAAGAAACGGGUGAAUGAGCGGCUGGCCCUCGCAGAAACUUGCUUGAGGUCUUUGGGUGGUAUUGCCCGUUCCUCCUCGUACGUCCGGCAGGCCAGACGAGCCGGAGGAGGAUGAGGUCGUCCUGUGUCCUGCUUACCGCCCUAGUGGCUCUGGCCGCCUAUUACAUCUACAUCCCUCUGCCCAGCUCCGUCUCCGACCCCUGGAAGCUGAUGCUGCUGGACGCCACUUUCCGGAGCGCACAGCAAGUGAGCAACUUGAUACACUACCUGGGCCUCAGUCAUCAUCUGCUCGCGCUGAACUUCAUCAUCGUUUCUUUUGGCAAGAAAAGCGCAUGGUCGUCUGCUCGGGUGAAGGUGACUGACACUGACUUUGAUGGUGUGGAAGUCAGAGUGUUUGAAGGCCCUCCAAAGCCAGAAGAGCCUCUGAAACGCAGUGUUGUUUAUAUCCAUGGAGGAGGCUGGGCCUUGGCAAGCGCAAAAAUCAGGUAUUACGAUGAACUGUGCACAGCCAUGGCUGAGGAAUUGAAUGCUGUCAUUGUCUCCAUUGAAUACAGGCUAGUUCCAAAGGUGUAUUUUCCUGAGCAAAUUCACGAUGUUGUACGUGCCACGAAGUACUUCCUGCAGCCAGAAGUCUUACACAAGUAUUCAGUUGACCCAGGCAGAGUCGGCAUUUCUGGUGACAGUGCUGGUGGGAAUUUGGCAGCUGCCCUGAGCCAACAGUUUAACCAAGAUACCAACCUAAAAAACAAGCUCAAAGUGCAAGCUUUAAUUUAUCCAGUUCUUCAAGCUUUAGAUUUUAAUACACCCUCUUAUCAGCAAAAUAUGAACACCCCCAUUCUGCCCCGGUAUGUCAUGGUGAAGUACUGGGUGGACUACUUCAAUGGCAAUUAUGACUUUGUCCAGGCAAUGAUAGUCAACAAUCACACGUCACUGGAUGUGGAUGAGGCUUCUUCCCUCAGGGCCCGCCUAAACUGGACAUCCCUUUUGCCCACUUCCAUCACAAAGAACUAUAAGCCUGUCAUGCAGACCACUGGCAACUCCAGGAUUGUCCAGGAGAUCCCUCAGCUGCUGGAUGCCCGCUCGGCCCCACUCAUCGCAGACCAGGAGGUCCUGCAGCACCUCCCAAAGACCUAUAUUCUGACCUGUGAGCACGAUGUCCUAAGAGACGACGGAAUCAUGUAUGCAAAGCGUUUGGAGAGUGCGGGUGUGGAGGUGACCCUGGAUCACUUUGAGGAUGGCUUCCACGGGUGCAUGAUUUUCACCAGCUGGCCGACCAACUUCUCAGUGGGAAUUCGGACUAGGAAUAGUUACAUCAAGUGGCUGGAUCAAAACCUGUGAAGGAGUGAGAUUUCUGAAAAGCUCGAGCCCCUCCUGACCUCCUGCACCUGCUUUGGAAAGACAUUGACUCUUUAGUCGACUAAUUUCUUCUCAUUACUUAUGAAUUAUGGAAUCUCUAUUCCCUGCAGACUUCAUGUUAAUUUAAUUUUAAGAAAUGCUUUUGAGUAACUUAAGUGCAAAAACAUCUGAAUCUGAUUCUCUAAGUGGGCCAGUCUCUCUGUUCAUGUUUUAAUCAAAUUACUACUAAUGCCCACAGCUAUAGACAGCAGGGUUAGGAGCUGGAAUUAGGCUUGGGUAUUGCCUCCAUCAGGUUCUUUUUAGAAGAAAUUCUACCCACUGUGGAUGACCUUCAAUGAGUAAAGAAAAUGUGGGCUCUUCUUCAGCUUUCUAGAGUUUACUUUGAGUUUAGAGCAGUGUUAAAUAUGGGUACUUCAAGGUCAGUGCUGGGUACCAAAUGCCCUCUGUUCUUUUUGGAUGGGUGGCUUUGUUUCCUAUGGGAAUUUUGGCAAAGCUGUUCUAGCAAGGACAAGUUUCUCAAAUGACUUUCUUCCUUUACAGUGUUAAUUUAUAUGAUAGCUAUCUAUAAGUCCAGUUGGAUUAUGAUAAUACUUGAAAGUUACUUUCUACCACUAUUAUUAGAAAAUAUGAGGUUGCAUGCACUGGAUAUCUGCACACCAUUGUUUUUUGGUUAUGCCAUCUCCCUGGGGGAGAUCUUCUGGGAGCAAAUUUAUUUAGAUUUAGAAUAAAUGUUCCUUUACAAAACAAGUAAAAUAGACAAGUGAACCAACCCAAUGUUUUCAUAAUGGCUACAUCUGCUACAUCUGACAUAAGUUACUAAGAAUAGUGUGUAUAUAUAUGGCAUAGUCAGAGAAGAAGAUACAUUUAAUAUUAAAAUUAGGAAAAAUGCCUUUAGAGGGUCUAGUUUAUUCUGGAAAACUCAACCUUUUCACUUGCGUAGCUUUAAAAUGGGGCUAUUUUGGUAUAUAUAAUGUAUCAUUUAUUUUUUUAAGUUAUUUAAUGUUAAUAUAUAUAGCUAGACAAGAUUUUUCAGGAUAAAGUCAGUAAAGAAUAUUAAAGAUAAUGAUGUUUUUUAAAAAAUAACUACCUUAAGGUUUAAAAAAGUGACUUUAAAAUUAUAUCCACAAAUAAUUUUAUGGAAAGAGGUAAAAUAGCUAUUAAUAUUAUUAUAUAUUGAACAUAAGGCCUAAAUAUUUUGAUGUUUAUAUGCAUAACAAAUUAAAAUAAUUAGACACUAUGAUUACACCUAGUAAAGUCACCUAAGUUCAUAGUUCAGUAACUUAGAUGAGAUACACAUUGGUCAUUUCUGCUCUCUGUGGUUGGAGGAGCUACUUCAUACUCUUGUGGUGAUACCCUUCAUUAUCACCUUCCAGCUAGGUCUGAAGUUACAACAGACCAAGUUUCAUUUCAUGUGAAGCCUUCACUGCCAGUGGGACAUCUUUGGCACAGAAAGAAGCUCCAAUUCUGAUUCAACUUGACGAUGUUUUUGCUCCUUCCUGCCACUCUUCCUACUGCUCCAAUCUGUGCUUCUUUCAGGCACUGCAGAAAGCAGACAUACAGCCAAGCCUUGAUAUAGUAAAUUCACCAGUGGAAAGAAAGUAGAACCUUUUUACUCAUUUGGAAGAUAGGUAUUUCCUACUUAUGAGGAUGAAAUAACGAAUGAGAAUCUGCAUAUUUAUUGUUCAUUUAUUAUUUAAGUUACGAGCAUUUUAUGUAUGGAAGUAAAUGCAACAGUGAGUAUAUGUGUGUGUGCCUAUGUGUGUAUAAAAAUAAUCAUACAGAUUAACCUGCUAAUGGACUCAGGCAAGUCACUUACCGUCUCUGGGCCUUUUAUGCCUGUCCUCUAAAAUCAGAGAAUUGAACUUUAUAAGGUAUCUUCCAAUUAUACAUUCCAACCAUUUUGUCAGACUGGCAAAUUGUAUUGGCUUUUUCUUCAACAGUGUUUUGUUUUGUAGGUCAUUAUUCCAUAUACACAGACAUAUGCAGGAUCAAUUUUUUUUUCCAUGAAAAACUUGGACUUUAGUUCUUAUUCUAUGAUAGCUAACCUCCUCAUUUAAUACUAUUCUUUUUUACAUCAUUUGAAGGAACCAAUGUUUGGAUCUUAUUUUGAGGUUAUCCAUCUCUAGGGAAACAAAGAAAAUAUAAUUCAUGCACAAAAUUCCUUAAAAUGGCAUUUCCCCCCAAAGUUGUGACCCAAAUUUUAUAGUAACUAUAGACAAUAAAUCUAGCCCUUCUAGAUCUCCGAAGAACUCUCUCAGAUGAAAAGAGAGAGUGAAAGAAAAAGGGGGUCAAGCACUGUUUCUGAUGAAGCAUCUCGAGUUUCAUUAAAGCUUAUAUUAGGAAUUCCAUGGCUGUCCAAUGGUUAAAAUUUGGCCUUUUCACUGCCAUGGCCUGGGUUUGAUCUCUGGUUGGGGAACUAAGAUCCUGCAAGCCAUGUGGUGAGGUCAAAAAUAAAUAAAGCCUUUAUGUAUGUGAUAAUGUAUCCCACCUUGCUUGAAGGUCUUCCUUGAAAUUUUCCUUGGAAUAAUAAUUGGGAAUCAUGAUACACAAGAACCACUAGAUGCAACAGAGGCUUAUUGUUGUUUAGUUGCUAAGUCAUGUCCAACUCUUGUUGUGACCCCAUGGACUGUAGCCCACCAGGCUCCUCUGUCCAUGGGAUUUCCCAGUCAACAAUACUGGCGUGGGUAACCGUUUCCUCCAGGGGAUCUUCCUGACCCAGGGAUUGAACCCACGUCUCCUGCACUGACAGGGGGAUUCUUUACCACUGAGCCACCAGAGAAGCCCACAAGAGAGGCUAAACCAACCAAAAUCUGAGUGCUGAGAAUUCCUUUGGGAGACACACAGAGUUUAUGUUGAAGCUUUUUCGGUUUGAAAUGAGUUUAUUUUAGGUUUUAUUCUUAUAAAAAAAAAGUUCAUGCUCCGCAAAUCGAUUUUUUUAAGUGUUAUGGCUUUGUUUUCCCAUUUUAAGAAAAGAAGUGGACAGUCUUUUUAUAAUGUUGUUUGUGAAAUGUGGACAUAAAUAUAUGAUGAAAAAAUCUUAAAGUGCUACAAAACAUAGUGAAGUAUAAGUUAAUCUUUUAUCAUUGAUUUGUGAAGAAGUUAAAGACUUGUAUAAUUAUAUUUGGGAAUAUAAUAUUUUGUGCAUGAUCUUUUAACCUUUAACUUUUUGCUUAUUUCUCACUGCAAAGGGGAAGGCAGAUUUUAUGAAGGAUUUUGGUAGCCAAUCUAUUUUGUAAGACAAAAAUCCACUGUGGAGGUAGGAAAGUAUAAAUCUGUUUUGAUUCAUGUUUGUAAAUAAACUGUCUCUGUCUGGGAA